AUGGCGCAGCCGGGGCCCCACCCUGGAGCCAGGACUGGGGUUGGAGCUCGCAUGCGAGCACCUGGUUGCCAGGCCUUUGCCCACGGGGCCUGGCCAGGCUCAGCCCGAACGGACUACGUGGGCUCGCCCUCCUGGGGACCCACAGAGGGCUCCGUAGGGGUCAGGUCUUUGCUAUCUUUGCGUUUGCCACCACUGGGGGUUACUCUGGAAAAACCCACCUCAACUUUAAAUGUCCGCCGUCCGAAGAAGAACAGGAUGUCUCUGCUGUGUUCGGCUAUCCGUUCAGACCAUUGCUUAAGAUUGCCAUCUUACCCGUACAACGUUCCUCUCUGUAACGGCAGUCAGACCAAUGUGACCUACCUUCAGGGGGACUUCUCCUCCUCUGCAGAGUUCUUUGUAUGUGUUGGUGUUUUUGGCUUCCUGUACUGCACUGCUACUCUGGUCCUCUACCUGGGCUUCCAGCACGUCUAUCGUCAGACCAGCCGUGGUCCCAUCGUUGACCUGCUGGUGACCGCUGCCUUCGCCUUUCUGUGGCUCGUCUCCUCCUCAGCUUGGGGCAAAGGCCUGACUGAUGUCAAAUGGGCCACCAACCCCACCCACCUAGCAGAACUGUUUAAAAACUGUGAACCAGGAGAGUCUCCUUCCAUGGGCCGCCUCAAUGCCUCAGUGAUUUUCGGCUUUCUCAACUUGAUCCUCUGGGCAGGAAACUGCUGGUUCAUUUACAAGGAGACGCCUUUCCACAAAGACCCCAUCCAGCCGGACGCAGCGGAGGGAGACGCCGCCGCGGCUAAACCUUACCCCUGAGCAGCCUGAAGCUUAGCUGCUUCCUGACAAUGAUCUCUUUAGUUAACCUGCUGAAACAGAAACCAACCCAGGCCUACUGUCCUUUACCCCCUAAACUCCCAGCAUAGAUUAAGGUUUGGUCUUUCUGUCCAUCUCUGCUGUCCAGUCUUUAAAACACUAAGUGAAAUUCUUUGACACUAUGUAACCGUGAACCUCCAGCUGGUUGGAUUAGCUUUAAAAAUCCACCUUUAUUUGUGAUUCUCAGAGGAGCACAGCUGCUCAUCCUUCAUGAUAAUCCAGUCAAUUUGCGAUAAAAUUUUAAUGAAAACCAGACAACCCAUGCUCUAAACAGCCAAAACACACAAAAAGGUUUUUUUUUUUAUUCACACCACAGUUUAUGUCUGUUUUCCUUUUUAUUUCAGCCUAGAAAUGAAACCUUCCUCAUGUGGAGGAGCCUUCGUUUCUUGUUGUUUUGAGUUGAAUUCCUGAUCCAGGCUGCCUGGACUGUUUUCCAUGAGCUCCCAGUGAAGCAGCAUCAGGGAAAAUGCCGUUUACUUCCUGUAAUGUUCAACCUGCUCAGUAAAACUAAACGGUUUCUGCUUUGAACCAAAACGUGCCUUACUGUCACCAUAUUUAUAUGCAGUUCAUGUGAAUUUUUAUCAGCAUUAAUCGGUCAACUAUUGUUUUAUUUUAAUGUUUUUUUUCAACUUUGCCUUCUCUGGGAAAAAGGGUUCAGUAUGCAGCUUCUUUGUCACGUUUAUUUCUUUGCUUUUACUCCACUUUGAGUUUAUUUAGUCUGUUAGAUUGGAAGCUUAGCGAUUAAAAACACAGCCUUUUAUGGAAUGUUUGGGGAUUUAAUUCUUGAUAGCAUAAAGUCUUUCUUUGUACCGGUGUGGAGGGAAUAUCGGCUGACUUGUUUUAAACACUACCAAGGCUCUACGUCUUAUUGAAAAGAUGAAACUCUCAGCAUGACUUUUAUUCAGACAGUGAUAUGUUGUAUGUUCCUCUGGUGGAUUAUUGACACUAAACUUUGUUUUAUUUGCCUUUCUGUGCAAAAGGAAACAGUUUUUUUCUGUAUUGACAUUUGUUAAACACUAGAGCUGAA